GUUCGUCAGGAGCGACUCACCCUCCAUGUCGCAGCACUGCGUCGCCUUCUCGCCAUCCUCUCUGACCCUGAUCGCACCCUCCCGAUCAUCCCCGUACGACUCGGGACCUCCACGAGGGUGUACUCAGCGCUGUGGGAUUCCGGUUCUCAGGGCGACUUCAUUCACCCACGCGUGGUGAAGGAAGCCCGCUUACCCACGACAGAGUCUCCGACUCCCAUCUCCGUCACCCUAGGGGAUGACAAGACCCAGCGCUUCUUCGAUCAGACGGUCACCGAACUCCCCUUCUUCCUCACUCUCGAACCGAUUGAGCGUUCCCCGGCGUCUCGUCGCCACCGCUCCUCUGCACAUUUCGAUGUGAUGGAGACGGGGUACGACUUCAUUCUCGGCACUCCGUGGUCUCGUCGGUUCCGCAACACCGAGGCCGAUUGGGCGACCAACACUCUCGUUCUCAAAACGAAGUGUGGACACACGUAUUGCGUACCUUUCAUAGGUACCACGACGAUACCACGCCCCGAUCCUCCCCCCCCGGAGCCUUCAGUGCCCACACCAUCUCCCUCUAUCACUGUCACCUCGCCUCGGCAGUUCCCUCACUUCAUUCGACAGGACGACGUCACCUUCUUUAUGGUGGACGUGACUGAUCUCUUACAUUAUGCUCCACCCUAUCCGGACGCCGAGCUCAUCCCUCUGGACCCAGAUCCCCCCUCUAUGUCCAUGGCUCCCUUCUCUACUUCCGUCCCUCCGCCGUCCGUCGAGUCCACCCCGCCGUCGCGCGCUGACGCUGACGCUGAAGAACUCGCACGAUAUACGACUGACUUGGAGCCUGCAGUUCGUGACCUCAUCCGAGAGUACCACGACGUUUUCCCAUCGUCAUUCUCGUACGCCGGCAUCCCACCGAUGCGUGACGUCGAGCACUCCAUUCAGCUCGUGCCUGAMUAUCGUGUUCACCACCAGGCACCCUACAGACUCUCGAUCCCCGAGGCCACCGAACUCAAGCGUCAGCUUGAGGAGCUCCUGAGACUGGGUUUCAUUAAACCCAGCAACUCCCCGUGGGGUGCACCCGUCCUCUUUGCUCGCAAAGCGGAUGAAACUCUUCGUCUCUGCAUCGACUACCGCGUCCUCAACCGCUACACGGUUAAGAACAGCUACCCCAUGCCUCGUUCCGAUGAGCUGUUCGACCGCCUAGCAGGCAACGGCUUCUUUACGAAGAUUGAUCUUCGUAGUGGUUACCAUCAGAUCCGCGUCGCUGCAGCCGACCAGCCGAAGACCGCGUUCCGAUCGCGAUUCGGCCACUACGAGUUCACGGCGAUGCCGUUCGGCCUCACCAACGCACCCGCUACCUUCCAGAGGGCGAUGAAUAACAUCUUCAGGGACAUCCUGGAGCAGUACCUUCUCGUCUACCUCGACGAUAUCCUGGUCUAUAGUCGUACCCUUGAGGAGCAUCUCAGACAUCUCCGCGACGUCCUUGAUCGCUUGCGCAGACAUGGCUUCUACGCCAAGCUAAGCAAGUGUCGCUUUGCCCAGCACAAAGUGGAUUUCUUAGGACACUACGUGUCUGACCAGGGUGUUCACAUGGACGACGCGAAGAUCACUGCUAUUGCGGAGUGACCCGCUCCCACAUCCGCCAAGCAGUUUCGCAACUUCCUAGGCCUGACCAGCU